GACGCCGCUUGGUCACGCGACACUCCUCCCGGGGGCGCGCGCACUCAGCUGGUGAGGCGUGCACGCGCAGGCAGGUGUGAGUCUCAGGUGAAUGAGGGGAGAAGUGUCACCGAACAGUUGUAGUCAGAAUGUGUCUGACACGAGCGUUUACUAUGGAUGGAUUUGUAAAGUUUACGAACCAAAGCCAAGGAAGAGAUCGACUUUUCAGAGCUACUCAGUAUGCAUGCAUGUUGCUUAGUUAUAUGUUAGAGAAUAAAGCUGGCAGAGAGAAAGUGGUAAUGAAGCUCAAACGGGUGGAAUCUAACAUGAGCUCUGGCCGUAAAUUGUUCCGACUUGGCAACUUUAUACAUGCCAUUGAAGCUUCCAAAGCUGCUCUCCAGCUCUCAGAUCCUGCCUUGUGUUACUGCUUGACAGCUGCCAAUCUAAACCGCGUUCUUUACUUCCUGUGUGACGGCGUGCUCUGGGCGGUCAGCGUGGGGCUGGUGUCUGACAUCAACAAGGCCAAGUGGAGGCUUCGAGCGACCCGCUGCUAUUUCUAUUCUCUCCUCUUUCAUCUGGCCAGGGAUUUAUAUGUAAUUAAGAGAAGCAUGGAGGAAGAGGGCGGAGGGAGGAAGCGAUACGAAAAUGGCAGUGUGUGUGGCAGAGGACCGCACCUCAACCACAGCAAUUCCAUCGUAAAAGUCCUUGAGAAUUUCUUAACCAUCUUCUACCUGAGCCUCAGACACAACCCACCUGUAUUACUGGACACCAUCAAAAAUAUCUGUGACCUUCUUAGUCCUCUUGCCUGGCUAGGAGUCUACCAAACCAAUCCGGGAAUUCUUGGUGUAAGUGGCCUGGUGUCUUCCAUUAUAGGCAUUAUUACAUUGGCACAACCUAUAUUAAAACUAAGAUAACCAGGGAAAUGA